AACACAUUAUUACCAAAUGUUUUUUGUCUUUCUUAACAAAUGUUAGAAUGAAAUGAUUGUGUGUGAAGGUGCAGAUAGAGAUGUAGACUCUUAAAGGAGCUUUGGCCUGAUUUGAUUGUUUUUUUUUUUUUUUGGAAACCGUGUUACCUUUUGAGGAAUCUUGAACAGCACCACAGGAUUCUGUUCUGCUUACGGACCGCUGGCCACAGCAGCUGCAGCUGGCACAAUAAACUUGCAUGUGCGAGUGCAUUGUUGAUAAUUUACCCUUGCAGUGCUAAAAACUGCUUGACCACUGACAUGCUCUCUGUCUGACUACUGGGACGUGGGGCCGAUCACAGGGGUUGCCAUGGAAAUCAGUAGUACAUUUGACAACAUGCCUGGACUGACACAUGAUCGGCCAGUGCAAACGUCCUCAUUCUGCCAGCAGUUUGCGUCUGUCGAUGGGGCAGGAAAUUAUGAUGUUGUGAAUAAUGUUGUCAUUCCGACCCCAGGAGCACCAGACCCCAGGGCCCAGAAUUCUUUGCGGCAGAGUUGGGAAAUGAACUACCAGGAAGCAGCAAUAUACCUGCAGGAGGGAGAGAAUAAUGACAAAUUUUUCACUCAUCCGCGAAAUGCCCAUGCGCUCAGUGCCUACCUGUUUGCUCACAAUCACCUUUUCUAUGUGAUGGAGCUUCUGACUGCGGUGUUACUCAUGCUUCUGUCCCUCUCAGAGGCCCCUGCCGUCCCCUUUCUCCGCUUGGACGUCUAUGUUCAUGCGACACUGGAGUUAUUGGCAUUAGCAAUGGUGGCCUUUGAGUUGUGCAUGAAGCUCCGAUGGCUUGGUUUUCACACCUUUAUACGACAUAAGAGGACCAUAGUAAAGUCAUGUGUCCUGUUUAUUCAAUUCAUCGAGGCAAUUGUGGUCUUAGUCCGGCAGACAUCUCACCUGCGUGUAACAAGAGCCCUGCGGCCAAUCUUUCUGGUGGACUGCCGUUACAGUGGAGCUGUUCGCAGAAACCUGAGGCAGAUAUUUCAGUCUCUUCCUCCCUUCAUUGAUAUUCUUCUGCUGCUGCUUUUCUUCAUGGUCAUCUUUGCCAUCCUAGGAUUCUGUUUGUUCUCAGCCAACACAGCAGACCCUUAUUUUAGCACACUGGAGAACAGCAUUGUUAGUCUGUUUGUCCUUCUGACCACUGCAAAUUUUCCAGAUGUGAUGAUGCCAGCGUAUUCAAAGAAUCGUUGGUCAUGCAUUUUCUUCAUUGUGUAUCUGUCCAUCGAGCUCUACUUCAUCAUGAAUCUGCUCCUGGCAGUAGUUUUUGACACCUUUAAUGGAGUCGAGAAGAUGAAAUUCAAGUCUCUUCUUCUACACAAGCGAUCCGCCAUAGAGCACGCCUUCCAGCUGCUGGUUAGUCGGCAGAGGCCAGAUGGAGUGUGUUUAAAACAGUUUGAUGGACUGAUGCGAUUCUAUCGUCCACGAAUGACAGCACGGGAUCAUUUCCUCACUUUCAAAGCCCUCAACCAUUCAGGAGCAACCAUGCUGAGUCUCCAGGACUUUUAUAAGUUUUAUGAAGUGAUCGGGCUCAAAUGGAAGGCUCGAUGGAGUGGGGAGCACUGGUUUGAUGAUCUUCCUCGUACUGCAUUCCUCAUCUUCAAAGGAAUCAAUGUACUUGUGAAAUCCAAAGCUUUCCAAUAUGCAAUGUGUCUGGUAGUAGCAAUUAAUGGCAUCUGGAUCCUAGUGGAGACAAACAUGUUAAAUGAUGGCAUCUCAUGGACUCAUGCUGUCCCAUGGAGUUACAUUAUUUUCCUCACAAUUUAUGGAAUUGAGGUCUUGUUGAAGAUCACAGGCCUUGGUCCUUUGACAUAUUUCAGCUCAGGGUGGAACCUCUUUGAUUUCUCAGUAACAGUCUUUACCUUUCUGGGAUUAAUUGCUCUGGCCUUUGACAUGGAGCCGUUCUACUUCAUCGUGGUGUUGAGACCUCUUCAGCUCCUCCGGUUGUUUAAAAUUAAACAGCGCUAUCGGAACGUUUUGGACACAAUGUUUGAACUCUUCCCGCGUAUGGCCAGUCUAGGUCUGACUCUGAUCAUCUUCUAUUAUUCUUUUGCCAUUGUUGGAAUGGAGUUUUUUGCUGAUGUUGUUUAUCCAAACUGCUGCAACACGAGCACUGUUGCUGCCUCGUAUCGCCAGAUAAAUGUGACCACUGGCAACCGGACCAUUCUAGAGGAGGGAUAUUACUAUCUUAAUAACUUCAAUAACAUCCUAAGCAUCACUCUUUUUGAGCUAACAGUGGUGAACAACUGGUACAUCACUAUGGAAGGUGUGACGUCACAAACUACUCACUGGAGUCGCCUUUAUUUCAUGACCUUUUACAUUGUCACCAUGGUUGUGAUGACAAUAAUCGUGGCCUUCAUACUAGAUGCAUUUGUCUUCAGAAAGAACUACAGUCGGAGGAACAGAGAGCCGCUGGAUGACCCAGAAGAUGAAAAGGGGAUUGUCUUUGAGACAGAGGUGUCUCAGACUGAAGCUCUGCAGACUCUGGACAUGUAUAAAUACACACUGGGCGUCACCAACCUAAGCUCACUGCAGGACAUGUGUGUGGCUCUGGAGCGGAGCGGGCAUUCCUCAUUAGUAUUUCUGGGUCGAAGGUCACGUACCAAGAGUGACCUCAGCAUGAAGAUGUACGAGGAGGAGAUUCAGGAAUGGUACCAGGAAUAUUCCAGAACAAACCUCCAGCCAGAUGAGACAUUCCACAGAGAACUGGACAGCCCUGAAGCCAGUGCCACGAACAGCAUUAAUUAACUCGCACAGUCCGAAUACUGCAUCAGUGUUAACUAACACACUCACUCGUACCUCUGAGGGACCUUAGAACCGUCUUCCUCCCAUCGAUGGAAAGCACAAGUGUUCCCCAUGACCACUACAUUCUCCCUCCAUCCACAUGGAGACCCACAGAACUCAAAGAACUUAAAGCCUUAUUCCCCAAAAAACCUUAAGGUUCCGUGGCCAAUCAGGGAAGCUUGCAGACCAAUCAUGUGACAUGCACUAGGUCCGGGAACCUUCUUCUUCCAUAAAAUGCACCUCAUGACAUUUGCCUUGUGGUGGGUGACCCUGAAUGAUUCAGACUCUCUCAUGGAUUUGACAAACGGAGAACGGCGAUUGAAUGUUUCUGUGGGAGAUGAAUCAGAACUGAAUGUGAGGAUUUUAGCACUAAGGGACUUGUGCCUCUUUCUCCACAGUCCGAGGUAUUGCUUAACCAACAGAUAAAAGAUUAUAGUAAUAAACUAAUGCUGUUUUUAAACUAAAGCUGAUUUUUGCUGGAACCUUUGGACCUGUAGAGAGGCUUAUUUUUUCAUUAUAUGUAAAUAUAUAUACAUGCAGAUUAAAUGUGUCAAAUGCAGCUGAGAGGCAAGUAUUUAAAAAUCUGUUUUAAUACAUCCACCGAUUUACUCAAUAUAGGCCGGUUUCCCAGGCACAUGUUCAUUUUGGACUGAUAAGUAUUAGAAAACCAGCCCUGGACCUUUCAGUUCAUUUAAACUUUUGUCUUGGCACAUAUGAAAAGUUCUUAUUUUCUUUUGUUUGGAGUCAGUAUUGUAAAGCUUAGAGUAUUUUGACAAACCGGUUCGGAUUAAAUCUAGUCAGAAUCUCAAAUUUUAUUCCACCGACAGUCUGAUCCGUUCAGCUUGCGAGGGUAAACGCAGAUCUGUCUCCAAACCGAAAAUUUCCUUUGUGUAAAACCAUAGGUGAAAAAGUGAUACCAAUUAGCCUUGCUUAUGGCUUUAUGCACUGUACGUUAAAACUGUUAUUUAUCUAUUUACAUUGAGUUAAACAUCUCUCCUGUUUGCUGCACCAUUUUAUAAUUUAUUAGUCAUUUUCUUGAUGCUUUUUUAACAGGGUGAAUGCAUGCAAAUCCUCAUAAAUUGUUUACUCUCACGUCUAUAAAGUAUCUAACCUGGAGGUAAUCGGGGAUGUCAGUGAUUUCAUUCCAGUUGCUUGUUUAAUCGCACUGUAGGAUGUGCAACCUCGAUGCUCCAAACACAAGGGAACAUGAUGCAUAUGUGACAUGAAACCGCACCAGCUCCUCUAAUACUGACAGCAGGAGGCACUACAGAGUCAGAUCGUAGAGCAGGGAACAUGAGGGUCCUGUCCCUGUCUGUUGUAUACAACCAUCAUGAAAAUUACAUACAUGAAAAUACAGCAGAUGAAUCUAAGACAUGGCAAAGAAUUAAAAGUAUUUAAAACCAUAGAUGAAAUGCAGAGAAGCCUCUAGUCUGUAGCCUGACCGAUGAACUGCCUACCUGAGAUGGAUAAGCCACCACAUUUUGGGAAUGACCCAAAGACAAAUGAACCAGAGCUCCAGAACUGUCCAGAGUGAACAAGACAACAUCAACACAACAAGACUCACAGUGUGAGAAGGAAGUGUUUGAGAAGAGGGACAUGUUUCAGUGACGGAGGAUGGAUAUGGAUUUGACAGAACAGAACACAGUGUUCCUGAACACUCAUACUGUAAGCUGGACUGCAGACAAAGACCACG